UACUGACAGGACAUGGUCACCUGCUUAAGCAUCUUAACGCAAUGGGGUAUCGGAAUCACCAUUGUGCAGGAAGUGUGGAGUAGAAGAGAGUACUCAUUUCACAUCAUGUGCGAAUGUGAAGCCUUGUCCAUACUAAGAUCAAACUACUUGAAUAAACCUUUUCCUGGAGAAGAAGAUAUUAAAAAACUAAAACCCAGAGAGAUACUUAAUUUCACCAGAAAGACUCGACUUGAUAUAUUUAAAUCAAAAAAUCUUGAAACAGCGGUGACUUAUAAUUAAGUAAGAAAUAAUUUAAAAUCUUAUUACAUAAAUUGCUCUUUUGUUGGACUUGUUACGUAUAGUCCUUUCACUUUUUAUAUUUUAAUUUGUCUUUCAGACAUCCAACUUAAAAUAUUGCAAAUAGUUACGUGACAAAUAAUUUGGUUGACGUUAUUAAAGACAAAUCAAAUAAACCUGAAUAUAUAGUUACAUUUAAAGGUAACUCAGAAUUGUUAGAAUAUAGAGGUUAAUAUAGUUUUGCAAUUUGUAAUAUGUCAUUGAAUAACAAGACUGAAUCCUAUAAAGAGUCAUCAGGUGAUUCAGUUGUGGAUUUGUCAGAUACCUCAGAUGAUGAUGAAUUAGCAGUAACAAAAAAAGUUGGUAAAAACCUAAGUGAUCAACUAGAAAGGCCAAAAACACCUGAAACGCAUUGUUCUAUUUGUCUUGAAGAAUUAAACAAUAAAUGCUACUCAGAUUCAUGUUGGCAUGUGUUUUGUUUUGAAUGUUUAAAACGAUGGUCAACUAUUGAAUCAUCCUGUCCAUUAUGUAAAAAAGGUUUCAAAUUUAUAAAUCAUACAUUCAUAGAACAAGGCAUUCAUGAAACUUAUGAGGUACCUAUUCAAGGCAGAGAUGCAUCACAAAGAAUAUUUUUACGUCCUUUUGCUGAUGUUAAUAGAAUGAAUUUAUUGUUGGAUCUCGUGAGAAGGAAUGAAAGACUAAUAAGUGAACAAGAUCGUGGUUACUCUCAUUAUCACCAAAGACAAUUUCCAGGGGAAUCAAAUUUUACUGUUUUUAACGGUCAUCUUAUACGGCGCCAAACUCAUGGUCAAACUAUGAGAGUUCGUGUGUAUACUGACAAUAUUUGGGCUGUACCAUUGCCUGAUUUAAGUGGUCGCUUUAGAGAUUGCAGUUCAGCAUUUUAUAGAGAUAAUCCAGCUCAAAUGUAUCGAUUGGUUGGUUUUAUUGUCCGGGAUAUUUCGGCCAUUAGAGAAAUAGAAAGAUCUGAAGGUUUAAGAUCUGAUAAUCCGAAUGAUGAAGACUAUAUUACAAAUAUAAUUAUGCAAACAAUUAUAAAUUAUGAAAUUCGUGAAUCAUUUACAACUGCUGUUUUAAGACCAUUUCUUGGUGAAUAUACUGAUCAUUUUUGUCAUGAGCUACAUAAUUAUGCUACUAGUCCAAAUGAUAUGAUUGGUUAUGAUCGUAAUGUAAGAUAUAAUAGUCGCCCAGGUUUUCCAUCACUUCAAAAUGGUAUAAAUACCAUUGACUUACAAAUUCCUGUUAAUCCACCUACUAAUGUUACGACACAGCCAUCUUUGAACGGUACAAAUAUUGUUGAUUUUGAAAGUGAUUCAGAUUCAACUAGAAUACAACAUGCACAAGAAGUCACUGUGGUAAGCAGGAGUACUAGUGAAGAUUCAGAUAUUGAAAUUCUUAGUCAACCAUUCAGACCUGUUGAUACAUAUGAUUUGUCAAUUAGAGAUCAACCAUCUACUUCUACAGGAAUACGUAAUUCCUUAGAUCGUCCUACUAAUAGGUAUAAUCUUAGACGAAGGAGAUUAUUUUCACCUCCACUAGCUGAUACAGCUGGAUGUCCUGUGCCCUUAUCUCGAAUUGGAUCUUCAUCUAGUUCAAGACGAAGAAGAAUUACAAUAGAAUCCUCAUCAUCUGAUGAUGAAGCAACUAUUACUCAUCAGCCACAAGCAUUGCGCGUGAAAGAUGAUGUAGUGAAUGGAAAAAGGAAAAAGAAGGUAAAAAAGAGCAAACAGAAUAAGAAAAAGAAGAAUAUGUAUACUCCAUCUGAUGUACGUUUUAGGAGUAGAAGUCGAUCAUAUUCAGGUUCAUCAUCUUCUUCGGAUGAUACAAAUUUUAGAGGUCAUAUUUCUGUUCAGCCAUCAAAUAAUUUGUAGCUCAAUCAAAAUCA